AUGCAGAAAGAAAAGCGCUCUUUAAGGUAUAGCGGGGAAGAAGUAUGGAAUAAAGGAGAGUUACGACAUGGAGGUUACGACGGUGCUUUAUCGGGAGCCAUCCGAGCUUUGAGCGGAAUAGGAAUAGUUCAGAAUGUCCUUAUUGGUGAGAUGUUCUCGAGUGAAGCGAGAAGUAUUGGUUCCUCAGUCGCGAUGACCACAGCAUGGUUAGCAGGAUUUGUGGUUACCUCGGUUUUUAAUAGCACGUUGGAGAGCUUAGGUGCUUAUGGUGUUUUUGGAUUUACUCAAGUACUAUAUUUAGGACAAAUGGUCCUAGGAUACACAAUUACUUGGACGGGUCCGAUCAUACCAAAACUCCGAGAUCCCGAUCAAUCACCACUACGCUAUUUGCCAUCGGAAGCGGAAAUUUCGCUUAUAGCUUCUAUAAUGUACAUUGGGGCUAUACCAGGCCCAUAUAUAAUGGGAUGGCUAUCGAAUUCUAAAGGAAGGAAGCCUUGUCUGAUUCUUGGCGGCAUGCUGUCAGUAAUGGCUAAUAUCAUUUUGUCUAUAAGCGAGAAUUUAGCCAUGCUGUAUUUCGGAAGAAUCAUAGCUGGUGCUGGGAUUGGAAUUAUAUCCUUGAUCAAUGUAGUUUACAUUGGAGAAAUAGCAUCCACGUCUAUAAGAGGAUUUCUCUUAACAGCUAUGGGAGUUUUUACAACUAUUGAUGAUGAAGAAUCACUCGUUAAAGUUCUAAAGAUAUUGGGAAGAUUAGAAGACAAGGAUAAUCUAUAUGAAGUUAAAAAAGAGUUCAAAUCGACCAAUACUAAAAUGGACUGGAGAGAAUUGUUCACACUAAAAACAAACAGGCGUGCACUUUUUAUUGUUGUUACUAUAAAUAUUUUACAACACGGAAGUGGUGUUAUGGCUGUUUUCUUCUUUUCUGCAUCUAUAUUUGAAAUGGCGGGUUCAUCUAUUAGCGCGAGUGUAUCUAUGAUAAUAAUUGGAGGUUUUGAACUAUUCGGUAGUGUUGUAUCAUCUUUCUUCAUCGAAAGGUUAGGACGAAGAACGCUUUUAAUAAUAUCUACUAUUGUAUGCGCUAUCAGUAUGUUUUCGCUAGGCCUGUACUUUUACUUGGACCACGUAGGAGCACCUGGAAUAAUUAACGUGCAAUGGUUACCUUUGGUUAUUCUCAUAGUAUUCUUUAUUGGAUAUGAUUUUGGAUUGGGAAUAGUGCCAAAUGUUCUCAUAGGCGAGAUGUUCACCUGUAACGUAAGAAGUAAGGGAUCAGCUGUUGCUCUGACUUGCGCUUGGUUAGCUGGAUUUCUGGUUACAACUGCGUUUGGUUCAUUGAUUGAGGUUAUCGGUGGUCACGUUAUGUUCUGGUUUUUCACUUGUACCUGCACUUGUGCGUUAUUGUUCACAAUAUUUUUUAUCCCUGAAACAAAAGCCAAGAGUCUCUUGGAAAUCCAAAAACAUAUGGCUGGGAAAUAG